AAAUACGGAAUGGCAUGUAAAAUAACUAGACUCGCAAAAUCCAGAGCAUAGCGUAGGGUUGCUGCGUUCCGUUCCGAUGGGUUUGUGAUUUGAGAUUUCACGGCGCGCAUUAUCAAAAUCUUGUGUGUUUCGCGGCCAUUGCCUCUGCUCGUGGCUUCAGGAUUUUUUUUAAUUCUGUAGCUCCGAAUACAGAUAAAUCAAUAAUCAGGUUGUAGAGGAGAAUGGCAGAAACUAUAUCUAGCUUCUGGGGUCCAGUCACAUCCACCAAAGAGUGUUGUGAAAAAAAUUAUGCAUAUUCAUCUUACAUUGCUGAAUUUUAUAACACAAUAUCCAACAUCCCAACGAUACUUCUGGCUCUGAUGGGUCUUAUAAAUGCAUUAAGACAACGAUUUGAGAAAAGAUUUAGUGUUCUUCAUGUAUCAAAUAUGACACUUGCCAUUGGAAGCAUGUUGUACCAUGCCACACUGCAACAUGUGCAACAGCAAGGUGAUGAAACUCCAAUGGUAUGGGAGGUGCUGCUGUACAUGUACAUCCUCUACUCACCAGAUUGGCAUUACCGCAGUACAAUGCCCAUCUUCCUCUUUGUGUAUGGUGCAGUUUUUGCCAUUGCCCAUUCAGUGUUCCGUUUUGGUAUUGGCUUCAAAGUGCAUUAUAUCAUUCUCAUUCUCCUCUGCAUUCCGAGAAUGUACAAGUAUUACAUUUACACUCAAGAUGUUUCUGCCAAGCGGCUCGCAAAGCUAUUUCUAGUUACUCUUGUAUUUGGCAGUUUGUUUGGGUUCUGCGAUCGUGUUUUCUGCAAGGAGAUAUCCCGUUGGCCUAUUAACCCUCAGGGUCAUGCUUUGUGGCAUGUGUUCAUGGGUUUUAAUUCCUACUUUGCGAACACAUUCUUGAUGUUUUGCCGUGCUCAACAGCGUGGGUGGUCUCCUAAAGUUCUUCAUUUAAUGGGUGUUUUACCGUAUGUGAAGAUUGAGAAACCAAAAAGCCAGUAACAGAUAUUUGUGGGAAAAGAAGGAAGCUUCUUUGUGAUCAUACAUUUUGGCGAGAUAAGUUGUUAGAAAACCAUGUGUCUUUUUUUUGUGGUUUAGAUUGCCUUAAAAAUGAUGAUUGAUUAUUUAUAUAUUUCGAUGUAGAAUUAGGACAUGUACCAUAUUUAUCCCGUCGGUACCUUUUUUGAGCCUGGACCUUUCUUAGCUUUAAUGUUGUUAUGACAACCAAAAACAUAAUUUUACUGUAGUGGUUGUUGUUGGGCUCUCAGUUGAAUCGAUCCUCACACUCUACUUGUAAUGUCUUGUGUAAACCUAUUCAGGUUCAUUUGAGUAUAUUACUAACUUGUUUUCGAGCGCUUUCAAAUGCCACAAACAGUUUGCUGUUGCUUCUCAUUGGGGAUUUACCUUGUUAUGAUGUCUAAUUAUUUCGUAUAAUUUUUCACUC